AUGAUACCUUGUCGGAUAAUCAUAUUGUUGAGUUGUUAAUUUUGAAUUAUUAGAGUUUUAAUCAUUGAUUGAAGAUGCUUGCCAACCAAUUUGAUUACUUUCCUUUUCUGUGUUUUAGUUUUUCUUAACUUAGUUAGGUAGACAAUUUGGUUUUAAAUUUUAUAUGUUAAAUAAUUCACAUAUGCUAACAACUUCAAUACUUUUGGAAUUUGUCCUGCUCAUUACUUAGGUUUUUUAAUCAAUCUUUGGCCCCAUGGUUCCACUUUUUAGUUGAAAGCAACUAUUAUGAUUUCUAAAGAAUAUUCUCUUAUCUUCUAGGGUUUAUUAAAUAAUUGAAUUUAUAUACACGUUUGGGCAUGCUUGGUGCAAGAGUGUUUAUAUAUCUAUGAUAGUGUUGUAUAUGUAAUGUUCCAUUUCUGAAAGAUUAUUUCAACAAUAGAACUUAUACAGUCCAUUUCAUAAAAUCACUUGAGUAAAACCCUUUGGAAGCUUUCUUUGAUUUCUAUUUCAACCUUGAAUCUGUACCUAUUGCAAUGGGAAUAGAAGAUUCAGAUAUUUGUAUCAUCAAGGAGCCAGAUCGUGUCGUAGUCUAUUCCGAUGGCAUUUCACAAGAUUCAGGUCACGAAACCGGAACUGAUAAUCACAAUAUGACAGAGUCUUAUGAGCAUAUCAAUGAGACUACUGAACAUCAUAGUUCAGAAGAGAGCACAAAGGAAUACGAGGUGAAGGAAUGUACAACAGAAGUUUCUGUUAAGGCCCCCGACGUAUCUAACAUCAGAAAAAGUGAGGAGAAGUUAACACCAGAUUUUGAGGGUGUUCUCAAUGCGAAAAGUUCGAAACCGCACAAAACAAGGGGUAAUCACAAGCCACGAGAUACUGUGAAGCCUACAGUUCCGCGACCAUUUUCCCUAGCAACUGAAAGGCGUGCUACAAUUCUAACUCGUCCUACUUUUGAAGAAGAUAACAAGGGCGGUCACGGAAGAAAAUCUGUAAAUAAAAAGAAUGUUCUGUCUUCCAAUACGCUUAAACAGAAUCAGUUGAAGACUCCUUUAGUUCCAAGGAAACCGUUGAAACCUGAUAACAAGAAACAUUCUGAUGAGGAUGAUUCAUGUUCAGUUGCUUCUGGAACCGCAACUUCUGUGAAGUCGUUCAAGUCCAGGGCAACUGUUGCUUCUGCUCCAAGCUUUCGGUCGACUGAACGCGCACAAAGAAGAAAGGAGUUUUAUUCAAAAUUAGAGGAAAAGCAACAAGCAAUGGAAGCUGAGAAGAAUCAAAAUGAAGCAAGGAGCAAGGAAGAGAAAGAGGAAGCCAUCAAACAGUUGAGGAGGAGUUUAAAGUUUAAAGCAAGCCCUAUGCCAAGCUUUUACCAUGAGGGGCCUCCACCUAAGGUUGACUUGAAGAAGCUACCACCCACACGUGCAAAAUCUCCAAAGCUGGGCCGGCGAAAGAGCAACAGCGGUGCAGUUUAUUCAUCUGAAGGGGUCAAAGAAAAAGGAGCGGCUGCUCAGAGAAAGCAUCGCACAUCAAACACCAACAACUGUAACUUGAGUGAUGUGACUAACGGCAGUGGCUUGGAUGGUCUCAUGAGUAAGACCGAAAACGAGACCGAGCACACCAAAUUAAUUGAAGAAAUUAAUAUGAUCAAAGCGAAUGGACAAGCGGGCAUAGAGAUCAGCAGCCAGUAACAUCUUCAAUGAGAUUAGUUUUUCACUUCUAAUUUAUGAGUUUCUGGGGAAUAGAAGUAUUGUUCCUUCCAACUUUCCAAAGGGUGUUCAAUUUAUUUCCUUUAACUUAUAAGCACUUUCUUCUGUGUGCAGUGUUUGAUAUGUGAAAAUGUUUAUUUGUAAUUUAUCUCAACUUAUUUGUAAAAAGGAAAUUCUAUUGCUCAUAGGAGCUAUUUUAAGCAUUUGUCUGUCUGCCUCAACUUCAAGGUCACAUUGUUUGAAGUUAUUGGAAAAUAAUUUUGUUCAGUGAACAGAAUAAUUAUGCUUCAUUCUUGCAA